AUGCUGCAGUCGGGCUGCGCAUACCGCAAGGCCGGCAAUGGAGUGUCAUACUUUGGCGCUGCAAAGGUCUUCUUUGGUGAACGACCCGAGUACGAGCACGAUGUCAAGGAAACUAUAUACCGACCGUUCAAGCAUGCAUUGUGCCAGUACGAGAAGAUCAAGCAUUUCAUGACGCAUGGGCGCGUGACCGAAGCGAUUGUGACGUUAUUUGAAGUGAACCUCGAGGACCUUGGUUUCGAACUGGCGCUCAUCAAUCCGCCAGUCGUUCGCGUGAUGGACGCGUGCUUCGGCUACAAGCGGCUGAAAAAGCAACACGGCAGUGGCGCGGCGUUUACGGACGCGCGAAUUGGUGUCGAUGGAAAGGGUCUUUUAUGGAGCCAAGAAUGCACCAAGGCAGUGCCAAGCAGCCUGGAAGAGUCUGCGCUGUCGCGUUUCGAGCGGGUGAAGAUUCUGGCGCAAGAGACAGCCGUGCUGGACAUUGACAAGGGGGAAAAGUUGUGCUACGCCACGACCGUUGUCGACGACUUGGCGAAGCGCUACAAGGGUUCCAAGCUCUGCAUCUCCUACGACAUUGCGUGCAAGCUCGUCGCACAUGUCGCGAAGCACCGGAAAAAGGCGCCGGACACGGUGCAACCGGACAUUGCUGUGCUGCCCGCGCUGCACGCGUAUGCGCACAACGGCGAAGCUAUCGAGCGCAUAUGGUCAGAUGGCCAAGCCAAUGUAUCCGACACCAGCCGGAUGCGCCCCGAGAACCGUCGCGAUACGCUUGCCCUCCUUUUCGAGUACCAAGCCCAACGGCGCGCGUGCAGUUUCUUUGCCGAUGUUACCGAAAGCGUGAAGAAGGCGAUCGAGGACGCGACAGUCGUGGCCGGACGCCUCCGCGAUAUUCCCACAGUGCGCCCGUAG